UAUUUUGUUUUUGUACAUUAAAAUUCAUUAAAGUGACUUGUAGAGUUAGGACCUCAGAAUGUCGGGGUGCCGUGAUGUGGCUCUGUGGCUUACAUAUGUAUUUGCAAAUGUGUGCUAACCAGGGGCGGACUGACCAUAUGCAAACUCGGGCACUGCCCAAGGGCCCGGGGUCAGUAGGGGGCCCCAUGAGAAGCCCCUGGUACCUUUUUCAUAGGCUUUUUUGAGUUUGGGCAAGGACACAGGGGCCCCAUGAUCCCCUAUUGCCUGGGGGCCCCAUGAAUUGUCAGUCC